GGAGCCUCCUCUCGCCAUGGGCGGUGGGUGCCGAGCCCGGGCCCCGCCGGCCGCGGGGCUGAGGCUGCUGCUCGCCCAGGCCCUGCUGCUCUGCACCGCCGGGACGGCCGCGACCGACGGCUCCGUGGAUCCCUGUUGCCAUUUCCCCUGCCAGCACCAAGGGGUCUGCAUGAGGGUCGGCCUGGGAGGAUACGAGUGUGACUGCACACGGACGGGAUACUUCGGCACCAACUGCACCUCCCCCGAGCUCUGGACACGCCUCCAUGAUCUGCUGAAGCCCAGUCCUGCCUUCUACCACUUCAUACUGACCCACUUCAGAUGGUUUUGGGACAUUGUCAACAGCACCUUCAUCCGGGAUACACUCAUGAUGCUCGUGCUGACAGUUCGUGCCAAUCUCAUCCCCAGCCCUCCCACCUUCAACUCUGACUAUGGCUACAUCAGCUGGGAGGCCUAUUCCAACGUCAGCUACUACACCCGUGUCCUCCCGCCCGUGCCAGAAAACUGCCCCACACCCAUGGGGACCAAAGGCAAAAAGCAGCUCCCCGACCCCCAGCUCCUGGCAGAGAGGUUCCUGCGACGGCAGAAGUUUGAAGCUGAUCCCCGAGGCACCAACCUGAUGUUUGCCUUCUUUGCCCAGCAUUUCACCCACCAGUUCUUCAAGACAUCUGGGAAGAUGGGACGUGGCUUCACCAAGGCACUGGGGCAUGGGGUGGACCUGGGGCAUUUGUAUGGGGACAACCUGCAGCGGCAGCACCAGCUGCGACUCUUCAGGGAUGGGAAGCUGAAAUUCCAGGUGGUGGAUGGAGAGGUGUACCCCCCCAUGGUCACUGAUGCUCCGGUUCACAUGGUCUACCCGUCGGCUGUCCCCAAGGAGAAGCAGCUGGCAGUGGGGCAGGAGGUGUUCGGGCUGCUGCCGGGGCUCUGCGUUUACGCCACCCUCUGGCUGCGCGAGCACAACCGCGUCUGCGAUAUCCUGAAACGGGAACAUCCCACCUGGAGCGACGAGCAGCUCUUCCAGACGGCUCGUCUCAUCCUCAUCGGGGAGACCAUUAAGAUUGUCAUUGAAGACUACGUCCAGCACCUCAGCGGGUACUUCUUCAGCCUCAAGUUUGACCCUGAGCUGCUGUUUGGGACACAGUUCCAGUACCGGAAUCGCAUUGCGGUGGAGUUCAACCAGCUCUAUCACUGGCACGGGCUGAUGCCCGACUCCUUCAUCAUCCAGGGGGAGGAGUACAGCUACGAGCAGUUCCUCUACAACACCUCCAUGCUCAUGGACUAUGGUGUAGAGGCACUGGUGGAGUCCUUUUCCAAGCAGAGUGCAGGAAGGAUUGGUGGGGGACAAACCAUCAAUGCCAACAUCUUACAAGUGGCCAUUGGGGUCAUCAAGGAGUCCCGGCAGCUGAGGCUGCAGCCAUUUAACGAGUAUCGGAAGAGGUUUGGCAUGAAGCCCUACAAGUCCUUCCAGGAGCUCACAGGGGAGGAAGAGAAGGCAGCAGAGCUGGAAGAGCUGUAUGGAGACAUUGAUGCUCUGGAGUUUUAUCUGGGCUUGCUGCUUGAGAAACCCCAACCCAAUGGUAUUUUUGGAGAAAGCAUGGUGGAGAUCGGAGCUCCGUUUUCCCUCAAGGGGCUUUUGGGAAACCCCAUCUGCUCCCCAGAGUACUGGAAACCCAGUACAUUUGGUGGAGCAACUGGCUUUGAGAUAGUGAAAACAGCAUCACUUGAGAAGCUCGUGUGCCUCAACGUGAAGAGGUGCCCGUACGUGGCAUUUCAUGUGCCAGAUGCUGCAGAGAAGAACAGUCCUCGCGGUGGUGGGCCCUCUACAGAGCUCUAGCACCAGGACAGCCUGCCCAGGGACUGGUGGGGACCUGCCCAACCCUGUGCAAAGAGGGAGCAGGACAGAAGAUGGUCCCACCCUGCGUGUCCUCCACCCCAGCCCUCAAGGAGAGGCUGGUACCAGCUCUGUGAAAAGCCCAAGUGCCUCAGGAAUGUGGCUGCUGCUGCUGUCCUCCACAGACCCAAUUCUCUUGCUAGCAAAUACCUUGCACUAAGCCAGCUUUGGGGUUCCCCAGGGGACACCUCCUCCCUGGGACGCUCUGGACUCCCCUGCACUUUGUCACCCUCUGUCCCCACAGCUUUCCAGCACUAGGCCACCAGCAGCCCUGCUUCCACAGGGCUUCCCUGCUCGGGACAGAGGAGUGCAGAGCCUGGGGAGCCCAGGCAGCUCUCCCCCCUCUGCCACACCCUGCCGUGCCGCUGUGCUCCCCAGGGAAGGCGGAGCGGGCGGGUGGCAGCACAGAGGGUCGAGAAGGACAUCCCAUGGGUGUCCAUGCUGGCCCAGCGGUGGCUGAGCCUGCAGUAGGAACCUGCCCUGAUCCAGUUCUGCAGCCACUCCAGGCUGUCCAGCCCGCCGUGCCCAGUGCCCAGGCACGGCUGAGGCAGCCGAGGCAGGAAGGACAGCAACGCCCCUGCGGCCGCAGACCCGGGGCGGAGCAGCAGGUCAGACCCCCCGCCCCGGCGGCGCGUGGGCCCGGGGCGCGGCCGUGCGAGCGGAGCGGGGCGGUGUCGCCCCCGCGCGGCCACGGCCCCGCACUGCACGGGCAGGCGCCGCCGUGCCCGCCCCGCCGGCAGGACGCGGCAGCUGCGGACACCGCCAGCGGCCUUUGGUCCCCAUCAGAGCCCAGCUCACCUCCAGGAGAACGGA